UUAUAUAAUAAUAAUAUUGUAUUUCCCUUACUGCUUUACGUCCUUUUGCUUUUACUACUAGCUCUACUGGCUACUAUUUUUAUACCUACUACCUAUCUAGAGGUAAUCUGAGGUGUAUUAUAAUUAGGUACCUAGUAGUAUUUGAUAACUAUUACCUAAUGAAUAUAACAUAAUGCUAAUUGGAUACUAAUUAGUAGGUAAUUAAAUUAAACAAUACAUAGGUCAUAGAUGCGUGCAAUUUUAAUUUUUCAGUAGCAGCGAUGGAAAGUUGGAGAAAAAUUACAUAUGUGGUGGCCAUUUUUAUGUUCUUGAUACAAAUACGUCCACUAGAACCAUAUUUAACUGCUUAUCUCACUGGGCCAAAUGGGAAGAUUUCUCUUUCAGAGGUGGCUAACUCGAUGGAGUCUAUUAGAUCAUACUCUGCUCUUAUAGCAACGUUCAUAAUGUUAAUCAUCUCAGACUACCUUCUAUACAAGACGGUGGUUAUAAUCUUAACAUCUUGCUCAUGUAUCACUUAUAUUCUUAUGGCGGGUUUUCCAAGCUUAGUACAAUUAAAAGUGUCUAUGUUCUUUUAUGGAUCAGCAUACUGUACCACAACAGUAGCAUCAUGUUAUUUAUUUGCCCGUAUCAAAGACAAAAAACAUUUUCAAAAGUCUGCCAGCUUUGCGGCUGUUGGCUUGGAGCUAGGAAAGUUCUUUGGAGAUGUCUCUGGUCAAAUCAUAGUCAGCUCAAGUGGAGGAAGCUACUCAUUACUGCCAUACUGUAAUGCAUUUGCUAUGUUCUUGGCUACAAUUUGGGCUUUUUUAUUUCCUCCGAUUAAACCAAAGGAUUCUUUGAAGACGAAUUGCCCAGAUGAAAAUACCAUGCUUCUCGGAAAUAGUGGAAACAUUACAUCCAAUACUCAUGAAAUAAAACAUUGCAAUAGCAGGGUGGAUAAUGAAUAUAAGAUAGUACUUGUUUUGAAACAAAUCUGGUUGGAUUUUAAGACUUCACUCUCAAAUAAAAUUAUACUAAAAAAAUCUCUUUGGUAUAUAUUUGGCAUGGCAGCAUAUGUUCAGGUUUUGAAUAAUAUGAAUGUUCUGUACUCAUAUGUUGCUAACAAACAUGGUCAUAAUGAUAUCUUGUCUAAUGGAUUUGCUGAGUCAAUGGUCACAUUGUGUGGUGCAUUGGGUGCUUAUCUAAUUGGUAAAGUGCAAUUGGAUUGGAAUUAUUAUGGUGAUAUAUUUACAUCAUUUUGCUCUAUUUUGAUGGGUGUUUUCAUGAUGUCUUGUUACUUUUAUGAGCAUAUACAAUUAAUAUAUUUAUCAUAUAUAUUAUAUGGUCUAAUUAGUGAAGCAAUAUUAGUAAUAACCUUGUGUGAGUUGGCAAAUCAUUUAAAAAGUCAAUGUUAUUCCCUUGUAAUAGGGUUCAAUUUAUUAGGUUCUUUAGUUAUGUCUGCUAUUAUGACAUUUUUCUUUGUUCAAUUUAAUUUCUUAGAAAUUACUGUCCCUGGACGAUUUUUGUUCAUUGGUGGUUUGUACAGUGUCCUUGGAACUAUGUUUUUGUUCAUACACUUUUUUGACGCUGAAAAAGAAAAAAGUAUACAAUGACUGAUAUCGAUAAAUGAUUUAUUUGUUGAUAUACGAUAUACAUCAUUGCCUCAAGUAUUUUUUAUAGUUAUUACUGGUUGAUAUGAAUUCAUACA